UCCCUUUUUUCUAUUGCCCAUUUGAUUGGUUUUGAAAAUGACCGGACCCAGCUUGGAUACCGGAAGGAGUCUUCACUUAACGGAAAGGGCUGAUUUGUUGAAUGAGAUAGUGGAACACCACAAAAGGGUUGACUCGGAAUUAGGAGAAUUCGAAGACCCUGACUCGACUUUGAUUGAUAAGAGGAUGACGGAGAAUGAACAGUUACGAACGCGUUCUACUGCACCCCAAGGACAAGUAUUAUUGAGUGGGGCUUUUCUAUUAUUUGCAAGAAGUGCAGCAACAAGAGCAGAGAAAAUUUCGGUAACUCACCAAGAAUUUACUUUGGAAAUGAUUAUCCGACGACUAAAAGCGUUGAACAAGUGUUCCGGUCCAAGUAGUGGUUCCAACUUGAACGGCUAUGGCGAAGAACAGUCUCACUAUGAUGAAGAUAACUUUGAAAAUGUUGCAAUUGAUUGGAAGCAAUUGGGUAAACAGCUUGCAAGGUUUUAUCGAAUUCCCCCUUCCGUUGCGUUUGUUCGAGGACCCAUCAGAGCUCCGCCCAAGCUUCCUAGGACACGUAGUCGACUGGAAGGCAGCGCAAGGGAAGAGAAGCGGAUGCGUCAGACAGAUAAUUACCUUGUUCAACGACCAACUUUGGUGGAUCCCAAUGAAGGUCUUGGCCAGAUAGAGACUGACAAGAAGGUUCAAGAUAUGUGCAGAGCUAUUCGUGCACAAGAAGAAUCAAGUUUCUUUCAACUUGUAUUGGACAAAUCUUCGUAUGCAAAGACAAUUGAAAAUAUUUUUCAUCUUUCGUUCCUUAUCAAAGAUGGACAAGUAUCCAUAGCGGAGAGAAAUGGGGUACCAUGGGUCAAGUAUAUGGACCCGAAGAGCUCACAACUUGAAUCCAAUCAAAGUGAUAAACCAAAUACAUCGUCGGCUCCACUACGAACUGGCACUACACCGUCACAAUUACAGUUUGAAAAUGGUCAACUUAUUCUUAGUCUCGACUACGAAACUUGGGAAGCAUGGAAAAAAUGUUUGUAGCAACUGCAUUGUUCUUAUUUCAUCCACUUUGUUCUAU